AUGAAAGACUCAAAAAUACUACCGCUUCGCGGCCUCAAUCUUAAUUCAAAACCGCUCAACCACAGGGCAAUAGCAUGGUCCUGCGAUGCAGAACUGGCAGUCGCAGCUGAUGACUCACUGGUUGUUUUCCUGCCAGAGUUCCCUAUCCUGGACCCAAAUGACGGGGACGAGGCCGAAGAUGAGGACGAGUCCAUGGGCGAAGAUGACGCCCAAGACUUGCAGGUGCAGGACGGAUAUCUCUCAUCACGUCUCCCAAAGCAGUAUGGCGAAGGAGAAGACGACGACGAGGAUCGGCUCGAGGACGACUCAGAGGACGACGACAUCGAGGCUGCCGCCGCUGGCCAGAUGAACGGCCCUGACAAGCCAGACAUGGGCGCCGGGGACGACACGCACCAGGCAGCGACGCGCGCCAACAUUGACCCGCUCGACACGUCCGACCCGCGGCGCCAGUUCUUCGACGGCAUGCGGCACUUCCCCGUGUCGUGGCCAUACCUGAGCGCCGACCUCAACGCGCACGUGUGGGAGGCCGCAGGCAAGCAGAUGCCGCUCCUGCACACCAAUGUGCGCGACCACCUCGAUCGCGACGUCACGCACAUCCUGGAGGCCAUGCCCAAGGACGCCGAGCAGGAGGCCGAGUACAUGGAGAGCGGCGCCGUCGUCCCCUUCCACGAGGUCAACCACCACCCGGGAGCCGGCGUCGGCCUGAUCGGCUCCACCGGCACCAGCAUGAACCACGUCGUCGCGAUCGAGUGGUCACCCAGCGGGCUGGGCCGCAACCGGCGCCCCGUGCUGGCCGUGCUGACUGGGUGUGGCGGCCUGUCUGUCUACGGCGAAGGCUGUGCGCUGCCCUUUGGUAGCACGGUUCGGCCCUUGAGGAGCGUGGCUGCCAAGGGCAAGGGGGCAGCUAGGGACCUGGCCAGCUGGGUAGUGCUGUGGGCCGUGGGCGAGAAUUUCGUCGUUCCUGGACAAGAGGAUUACGGUUACGGCGAAUUCAUCAAGGCCUUCUCCUGGAGCCAGGAGGUUGGGCCAGGAAAAGCCUUGCUUGGCUAUAUGAAUGACCUGAGAGAGAUUGUGGUACUGUCUGUUGGGACUGAAUACCGGACAACCAAGGAAGAUGGUCUGGAGGAGGCGGUCUGGAAUGUCCAUGAGAUCAGCAGGUUCGAAGUCGAGGUGCCCCAUCGACAGCAGGAUGUCAACGAUCCAGACUAUGUCCCUGGAGCAUCUAGCUACUGUAUACGUUGGAGCCCAUGGCUUCGAGCGAAAGACACAUGGACGUGUGUGUUAUCAUACAUGGAAAGGAACUACGUUGGGUUUCGGAGGAUCACCCUCAACGCCCCAAGUUGGAAGCCCAGCGAGCAGCCGAAAAUUACCGUCGAUCCCAGCGAUUUGGAUGGCCGCUGCGUUCACCUGGGCCCGGAUGCCUUCCUGGAAUUUGAGAACAUGGUGUGGGAUGUUUCCAGCACGAAACUCUGCCGUGGCUAUAUCGCCACACCACUCAUCGCCCAGCCCUUCGAGGUCGACAUUACGCGCAGCAACCCGAACAGGCCAAAGUCCGAACACUCCACCGACCAAUGCGAUACCUCGCUUCCGAGCCACGAGCUGAUUACAAAUCCCAUCACCGGCCUGGUUGUCCAUCCUCCAGGUCUCCAGACCGUCAGCCCUUCGUUAGUGCCUUCCUACACCGCCGUUCGUCUCUCUGCGACAGCUACAAACCCCGCCUGGUGGGAGUCGAAUUUGAACAAGCCUGGUGACCAAACCGGUGAGCCACAAUGGGUGGCAGAGAUCCAGCAGAAGAUCUGCUCUAAACUUCCUCAGGGGUUAGCGGGCCGAGUGGGCAUCUUCGGCGACGAUGGGGAGGACGGGGAGGACGGAAUCGAGCCCGACGACGGCGCGGAAGCCGCAAACGCAGGACCCGACGGCGAUGAUGACGUCGGGUCGGAGGAGUCCUCGGACGAUGAAAUGGACGAGGGCGACGGGUACGUGGGUCCGGACGUCCACCCGCACCGAAUGCGCAUCUGGGGCCUCACCAUCUCGCCAGGUGGCGGUUCGACGGCGGUGCUCGCCACCACGCAGCUGACACAGAAGCCCGAGCGUGGCGGCUGGCACAGUCACCGCAGCCGCGUCAUGUUCGCGUACACGGAGGGCGGCGCCCGGCGGAUGGGACAGCAGCCGCCGCCGCCGCCGCCACAGCAGCAGCAGCAGCAGCAGAGGCCACUGCGGCCCGAGGACUUCCUGGACCCCAGCCUCGGCGGGACGCUGGGAACGGAAGACAGCCCCCAAAACGUGGACAACCUCACCACCGAGGCCAGGCUGUGGGAGUGGAUGUACGGCGGCGGGCCUGGCGUGCCCGGGAUCACGCACUAUGCAUACCCCCCGGAGGCGGGUGACGGCACGAUCAGCCCCGGAAGGGCAGCACAAGAGGCCAUGGACGCGCUCGCGCAGGCGCGGCGCGACCGGGUCAGGGACAUCUUCCGGCCGUUCGUGGAGGGGCAGACGUGCGAGAUCUGCGAUGACGGCAGGACCAGGUUCGGGCCCAUCCCCGGCGCCCGAGACCAGUCGCACGACGGGGCCAUGGGCGGCGAGGGCGCGAUCGGUCGCCAGCUCGACUGCAUCUGCGAGAACGGGCACCGGGUCGCCGUGUGUGGCGCCUCCGGGCUCGCGAUCGGGGAGCCGGGGAUAUCACGGUGCUGCGGGGUGUGUCGGUCACGGUGCAUCAACAUUGACGUCCUGGUCAAUAAGGUGCUUCUCCCGGCGGGCAAGGCGGACGAGGCUGAGGUUGUGAGGAGGGAUAUCACGGGCGACGUCUGUGUCCGGUGUGGGGGGAAGUACCUUGACUAG